CAGGCUGCUGGUGUAGUAUUGUGUUGAACAUAAUGAAGUCUCUGUUAGUAUUGGCUGUGUGCGUUUUGGCCGUUCAGGCCCUAACAGAUGAGCAGAAGGAGAGGCUUAAGAAGCACAAGACAGAGUGCUUGGCCGAGACCAAAGCAGACGAGCAGAUGGUCAACAAGCUGAAAACUGGUGACUUCAAGACUGAAAGCGAGCCUCUGAAGAAGUAUGUCCUGUGCAUGCUGAUGAAAUCCGAGCUGAUGACCAAGGACGGGAAAUUCAAGAAAGAUGUCGCUCUAGCCAAGGUCCCUAACGCAGCUGACAAAGCCGCAGUAGAGAAGCUGAUUGACGCCUGCCUGGCCAAUAAGGGAACCACACCACAACAGACCGCAUGGAACUACGCAAAAUGCUACCACGAGAAGGACGCCAAGCACUCCAUCUUCCAAGCGUUUUCAUUAGACUACUUCGAAACAACAUCCGCGCCUGUGACGCCCGACUCUUGCAUCAAAAAACACAAAACCAAAGCAGAUUACAUAGAUGAGUGUACUAGAGAAGCAAGGGUGGAUAAAAAGUAUAUUAAUAAGAUGAAGACUGGCCAUUGGUGGAAUUUACCGAAAAUAACAACUUCUCUAAAGUACUGGGCAUUCUGUUAUCUGAAGAAAUUGCAGAUGAUGAGUGAUGCUGGAGUGUUGCGGCAAGAUGUGGUCCUGAGUAACAUAAAGGGUAAAGAAAGAGACAUAGCUUUGAAGAUAAUAGACAAAUGUCUAUUCAAAAUGGCUCACCUCCCCAUCGAUACUGCGUGGCAUUACCUAUACUGCUUCCAUGUUAAAGAUGAGAAGCUUAGCAGACGUAUUCAUGGCAUCUAAAAACAAUAAUUAUAAAA